AUGUCAUCCUUACCCAACGGCAUCAAGGCCGUCCUCACAAAGGCGCCUUCCGACGUCGUCGUCCUCUCCUCCCUGCGCACGCCCAUUACCCGCUCCUACAAGGGCCAGCUGAAAGAUGCCUACCCGGAAGAGCUCCUCUCCACCGUCCUGCGCGCCACACUCGACACCCACGGCACAGAUUGGAUCGAUCCGGCCGUCAUCGAGGAUGUCGCCGUGGGCGUCGUGCUCUCGGAGCUGGGCGGUUCCAAGGCCAGUCGCAUGGCCAUGAACCACGUCGGCUACCCGCACACCACGUCGCUCUACACCGUCAACCGGGCGUGUUCCUCGUCGCUGCAGGCGAUUGCCAAUGUCGCGGCGCAGAUCCGCACGGGCAUGAUCAGCGUGGGCAUCGGGGCUGGUAUGGAGAGCAUGACCAGGAACUAUGGGAGUCGCGCCAUCCCGGAGCACUACUGGCCUGCCCUCAAGGAGUCCCCCGUCAAGGACGCGAGAGACUGCGUCAUGUCCAUGGGCAUCACCUCGGAGAACGUGGCAGAGCGGUACGGCGUGUCGCGCGGUGAUCAGGAUGCGUUUGCCGUCGAGUCGCACCGUCGCGCAGCCAAGGCACGCGCUGACGGUAGCUUUGCGCAGGAGAUUGUCCCCGUGACAACUCGGUUCCAGGAGAUGGACAAGCAAGGGAACCAGGUCGGCGACGAGAAGACCAUUACAGCGCAAAACGACGACGGCAUCCGAGACUCGAUCAGCCUCGAGGCGCUCGCAAAGUUGAAGCCCGCGUUCAGGCCGGACGGUGCCUCGACAGCUGGCAAUUCGAGUCAGGUAUCAGACGGCGCGGCGGCGACGCUGCUCAUGCGACGUAGCACGGCGACGGAGCUGGGGCUGAGCCAGCACAUUAUCGGCAAGUUUGUCAACGCUGUGACGGUGGGGUGUGCCCCUGACGAGAUGGGUAUCGGACCGGCUCUCGCCAUCCCCAAACUGUUGAAGCAGGUUGGGCUUGACAAUGGCGAUGUGCAGCGCUGGGAGAUCAACGAGGCCUUUGCCAGCCAGGCCAUUCACUGCGUGAGGGAGCUGGGUCUCGAAGAGGAGUGGGCAAAGGGCAGGGUGAACCCUGACGGCGGGGCGAUUGCGCUUGGUCACCCUCUGGGCGCUACGGGUGCGCGAAUGACGAGUACUCUGCUGCAUGGGCUGGAGAGGGACGGUGGUGAGGUCGGUGUGGCGAGCAUGUGUGUUGGCACUGGGAUGGGCAUGGCCGGCUUGUACGUGCGCGAGUAA